CCAUCUCCGAAAGCUCUGGCAGCCUUGGUUGAUAGGGAGGUUCAACUACGAGAUUCCAUGGUACUCGGUUUCUAUCCAGAAAGUGAGAAACCUUCUUCUAUUGUGUUGGGUCUUGGGCAUGAUACUUUUACCAUGUAUUUUCAACUGUGGAUUAUCAUUGCGUACCUGUGCGAGCUUAAGAGGGACCGCUUUGGAUACGUACCUGAGUCCGCCCGUCUGGCUUUCGUUUUAUUCAAGCGCCGCCCGUCGUUUCAAAUCUCACCUCGUUUCAAAUCUCACCAUGUUAACCCUCACUCGAUCGAGAAACUUGGCCGCAUCGUUUCUCUCCAUACACUCAGCACUUCAAGCUGGCCAAACCUGGAGACUUCCCGUUUGAUUCGGUGACUUUGAUGAAGAACAUGUUGCAAGAGCAACAUCAUCAGUAAGAGCAACGAAAUUAUUGGCGAAUCAU